AUGGCUGUGAAGACCUUGGUUUUAGAGCAUGAUUGUUACCAACAAAGGGAGGUGCCAAGUAUGACCCAAACUUUCUUGGCAAACCAUUUCAAAGAGAGACUUUACAAAGAUCCAAAGUUCUCUGCCAAGCAGAUUCAGGAAGAAGUCCAAACUUAUUUCAAGCUUCAUGUAUCCCUGUUCAAAUGCAAAAGAGCAAGGAAGAUUAUUUUAACAGAGCUCAAUGGGAGCCAUAUCAACGAAUUCAGGAUGCUUGAGGCUUACAUUGACAUCCUGAAGGAGACUAAUCCUAGAUCUUUGUGUGAGUUGCAGUUGUCAAAAGAUGGUGAAGCCGAGGGUAAGAGAGUUUUCAGAAGAUUGUUCGUGAUGUUGGAUGCUUGCAAGAGAAACUGGUUGGCAGGAUGUAGGCCUAUAAUUUGCCUCGAUGGCUACCACUUGAAGAGCAUUAGUGGUGGUGUCUUACUCACAGCAGUGGGUAAGGAUGCAAACGAGCAAAUUAUGCCACUAGCUUGGGCAAUGGUCAGCAAGGAAAACAAGGUGCACUGGACAUGGUUUAUGCAGUGGUUGAAGAGUGAACUAGAACUUGGAGAAGGCGACAGGGGUCUCAUAAAUGCUGUGGAAACCACACUCCCGAAUGCAGAGCAUAGAUGGUGUGCUCGACACAUUUAUGCUAAUUGGUCGAAGAACUGGAGAGGUCCAGAAUUGACGAAACAAUUUUGGAUUUGUGCAUGGAGUACUUAUGAAGAGGACUUCAAACAAAACUUGACAAAGAUUGGUGACAUAAAGAAGAAAGCUGCUGAGGAACUUUUGAAGUAUCCUCCACAUACAUGGUGCAGAGCAUAUCAGGAUUUCAGGUCAAGUACACAUAUGGUUGACAACAAUAUUUCUGAAUCUUUUAAUUCCAGUUUGCUAGAAGCUAGGAGUAAGCCUAACAUAAGCAUGUUAGAGGAUAUACGGAUGAUGGUGAUGAAUCAGUUUAAGGAGAGAAAGAGGAGUUCUGCCUUGUGGAAGUGUGAUUGGUCCCCGGCUACCAUGAAGGUGUUCCAGGCAGCUAGGGAGGAUUCGAUGAGCUGCAUUAUCUUAUGGAAUGGUGAUAAUGGAUACGAAGUUGGGGAGGGCUUGGACAAGCACACUGUGCUUCUAGAUAAAAUGCAGUGUACAUGCAGAGCUUGGGGAUUGUGUGGCAUACCAUGCCAACAUGCUAUUGCGGCUAUGUAUCAUUCGAAGAUAGAGCCGGAGAGUAAGAUAGCAUACUGGUAUCAUAAGGAAACCUACGCGCGCAGUUAUGCACAAGCAAUUCAGCCUGUUCCAAGAGCAAAAUUCUACAAGAUGGAAGGCCAUGCCCCCGUUGAGCCCCCAAAAGUUGAAACAGAAAUAGGUAGGCCUAAGAAGCAUAGAGUGAGAGCUACAAAUGAGGCAAGGCAGAAGGCACACAAGCUUUCAAGGAUUGGACAAGUGCAACUUUGUAGCAUUUGUAAAUCCAAUGGCCACAAGAAAAAUGCUUGCCCAAAUGCUUCAAAACCGGUUUCAAGCUCUCAACCUUCUACAUCAACAGCUGCGAAGAAAGGGAAAGCUGGAUUGGAAGUUUAUGUUAACCUUCAAACUGGCAGAACAACCAUAAAUCCUGGAAUGCAUAGUGAGAGAGUUGUGUCUCACGGUGAUGUAUCAACUCAAGAGAGCUCGGAUCCAUCAAUAAGAUAUCUUAUUCCAAAUAAGAGAGAAUGCAAGAGGAAGUACAAUGACAUCAAAUUCAAAGAUUCUAUACUACAGAUGAGGCCGAGCAAUCUUCCAUUUAAGGCACCCGGAUUGAAGUGGAAAGGAUCCGAUAGUGUGACUACAAGCCAGUUAGUUGAUGAGGCUGUUGCAAAGAGAACAAGACUCUCAAAAAGCAAAUCAUCACAAAGUUCAAGCAUUUCUAAUGUCUAG